AUGUCGAACGUACAGGACAAGCCGCUCAAUGAGCUCCUCUCCCGCUCCAUGGUCGACAUCUACAUCGGCCCUGAAAAUACGCACUGGAUCCUGCACGAAAAGCUACUCUGCCACCACUCGCCCUUUUUCCGCAAAAUCUUCUACUCCAAGACCUCGUCACACUCCUCGACGCAAUCCUUUGGCCUUCCCGACGAAGAAGACACGCCCUUCAAAACGUUUGUCGGUUGGCUGUACAGCGCCUCCCUCCCCGUGCCGCGCGAAGAAGCCGACCUAGGCACCCUCUUCGACCUCUAUCUCAUGGCGGAAAAGUUCCAGAUCCCAGCCCUCGUCGCCGACGUGCUGCAGGUUGUGCGCGAGUGGUACAAGUACAGCGACACGUAUCCCGGCUUGCGGCGCGUGCAGUACAUUUAUGCAAACACGGAGGAGACGAGCCCGAUGCGGUGUAUGCUCGUCCACAGCGUGGCGCGGCUCAUGGUAUUGGAGAAGGGGAUCCCGGCGCAUUGGGACAAGGCGCUGCGGAAGAACGGGCAGUUGGCCGUGGAUAUCAUCCGUGCGAUUCAGGAGUGGAGGUUGGAGGAGGAGGUUGUGCCUGAUGCGCGGGAGGACCCGGAGCAGGGCGAGGAGUUGGUGGAUGUCGAGGGCGAGACGGACAGGUUGGAUCAUGAGGCUGAGAUGGAGAUUGAGGGACGUGGUGGGGGGGAGGAGCAGGAGGAGGAAGAGCAGGAGGCGGCGGAGCAACACCGGGACGACGCAGAUGAUAGUGAAGUCACCGUGGUUGAUAGUCCUAUUGGCGAUGAAAACAGCAAGAGCAAGAGCAAGAGCAAGAGCAAGAACCUGUCGUCGGACAAGAACGCUUCUUCGGGGCCGACAUCAAGGCCGGAUGCAAGGGAGACCGAGCAGAAGCAUGCCCAUCUCGGCAAGAAGUUUGAGCAGUUUAGCCUCGAGGAGAUUCCGAAUGGGAUUCAAGGCGGUGACUUUGGCACGUUGGCGUGA